AACCUCAGCUGCAAAUAUCACGGCUGAAGCCAAGACUUGCUAGUUACCGGCUAGUCAGGGCAUUACAUGCUAAAUUGUGAAUAAAAAUAAAAGAAAAGCAUGCAGGUUUUAAUUAAUUUCACUUUGCUUUUUUGUUUGUUCGUUUCGCUUUUCGGAGGGGCUUCCGCCGAGGGAAACGGAAGAGGAUUUGGGGACCACAUCCACUGGAGAAACCUGGAAGAUGGGAAGAAAGAGGCAGAAGCGAGCGGACUGCCGUUAAUGGUCAUCAUUCAUAAGACCUGGUGUGGAGCCUGCAAAGCGCUGAAGCCCAAGUUCGCAGAGUCGAAGGAGAUUUCUGAGCUGGCUCACAACUUCGUCAUGGUUAACGUGGAGGAUGAAGAAGAGCCAAAGGACGACUCCUUCAGUCCAGAUGGAGGCUACAUUCCCAGAAUACUCUUUUUAGAUCCUAGUGGUAAAGUCCAUCCUGAGAUCACAAACAAGAACGGAAACCCAAACUACAAGUUUUUUUACAGCAACGCCGAUCAAGUGGUGUCCAGUAUGAAGGAGGCUCAGGAGGAGCUGACCGGUGACAAGUUCAGGAAGUCACACCAGAGUGAUGAGCUGUGACCCCGCGGCCACAAGUGGCACAACUACUGUACCGUUUGUUUGGGUUCGGCCCUAAACCUCGACACCUCAUUUUCAGCCCACAGACUUAACCCGAUUAACCUCCCUUCCCUACAUACCCCCGCCGUACAUUUAUUCGUGCAGCACUGAAAUCAUAAAUUUUCCUUUAGUUGUCCAUAAAAUAAAAAUGAAAAAAAAAAAAUUGUUAAAGAAAAAAAACCAAAGCUUAUUAGGUAUGCGUCUGUCAGUGGGAGGUGCUCCAGGACACACCCUGUACCUUAUCGGGGAUUUGUCUAGACGGAGCAAUGCGUUCAUACAUAGCUUUCCUGACGUUGACAAACAUGUGCUUCCAGGCCACACCUUUGGACGGCCGUAUAAACCUUCAACUAUUCCAUUAUCGACUAUUCCCAAACACGGGUGAAUUUAUUAUAUACAUCCACACUGUAUGUUCUGAUCUUGUACUCCUCAAACGCAUUUCUUAUUUUUCCCCCAAACUUCUCCAAGGCCUACAUGGAUCCGCCUCUGGUUUUUCUAAAGCGAGCCUCGCGGUUUUUAAUUGUGAAAGGGAAACAGGAAGUGACACGCGCACACACACGAGUGUUCAAACAUGUUUGCCAUACUGUAUUUUUUACAUGUCCGAAUAAAGCCAAGUGUGUAAUUAAAGCUGG